CAUCCAGUCACCAUAGCGUCAUUCUCCUUGACUCCUUGAAGCCCCUCGCGAAGCUCUUUCCUCAGUCCGAACAUACUAUGGCGACCAUGUCUUUGUCCGUAGCCACCCGAACGUUGCCCACCAUCUCCUCUCCCCUCGCCUCUCCUUCCUCCCCGACAAAUUCGCGCCCAUUACCAAAGCGUGCAUCGUUAUUUCCAACAUCUCGUCCACUACGCCCGUUCCCCUCCAUCUCGCAGUCGUUCACACCCGCUGGGUCGCGCGCUUCCCGCCCAGACGCGAAGAAAAGCGUAAAACUCAUUGAACCGCCCAAGAACUUCUCUGGUGGCACAUUUGUGCUUAACCUCACUCAGGCGGAGCUGCGUAGAGAUGAUUGAAGAUAUGAGCGGGUUGGAUGUCGCUCACUCUGGGACGUACGAAGAAAACUUCACAAAGUGAUACAAACCUGACCCCGAGUCUGCUGCUAAUCCACUCAGCUAUUGCUAGUUCGCCAUCAUUCCUCCCACUCCCCCAGCCGCCACCAGUAUUGUCACCGCUGGCACCGUUCCCUGUGUCUCGAGUCUCUCUGUAUACCUGCCACCGAGU